AUGAGAUACAGUUAUGUUUUGGGGUAUGCGGCUCGAAAAUCUGGUUUGGACUCAGGAACACGACAGAAGCUCAUCGCCCAAUGCUUGAAUUUGGAUUUUGACCAUCUGUUACAGAAUGUCAAGAAAUUACCACUAGAUAGACUGGACGAAAACUUCUUGCACUUGUUUUUGGCGAAAAGCAUCCAGCAUGCGCAUAUCGCGUCUGUAGAUUGGCUAUGGUACCGGUUUGUGAUGGGGCGCAAAGUUUUGGCGGUGAGACCUACAUUACUGUGUGCUAUCGGCACACUGGCUCUAAAUGGGAAUAAGCCGUUUUUGCCCUCUUUGCUUUGUGACCAUUUCGAGUCCUUCUACGGCCAGGAACCCGGGUUUGAAAAGUUCCGGAAUGAGCUCCUACGCAUCAAAGUGGAGAGUUUCGCUAAGAGCAAUCGCGGAUCCACCACUACGUUCCGGGAAAAAUGGAAAGUUUUCCUACAAGAUAUCGAUGCAAUAGUGAGCCCUGCAUGCGCACUACGAAUCCAUGAUUUCCCGCACCUCUCGCAGUCUACACAAGACGCUGAUCCGGAGCUGUUGGAACUGUUGUUGUUCAGCGAAAACAAAAUUCCGAUCAAAAACGCCACAACUUUACCACUACUGCUGAACAUGGUCUUGCUCGACGAUGCGUUGGACAUCGAUUUUAAGAUAAGACUUUUCUGCAAUUUUCAGGAAUCCCAUCGCACCCUACUCUACAGCGAUUCCAUUUCUAUCCUGUUGCAUUAUGUGCGAGGCGAUUUGUACAGAACCACCAAACUCAUGCAGUAUUUGACAAAAAACCAUCUUUUGAUUCCACCACGCGGAGCCAAGACGAUUCUUGCCACUACAAAAGCACAACAUACUCUAUAG